AUGGCAACCACUCCGCUUGUAAGCUUCACCGAAGCCCCCAUUUGGCCACUCGGUAUGAUAUUACUUCCCGUGCGAGCCGGUUCCCGAGUGAUAGAUGUAGAGUUUGUAGUGGUCAACUCACCAAGCCCUUAUAACAUUAUCCUCGAUCAGGCCUGGCUACAUGGAAUGAAGGCAGUUGCUUCCACCCUUCACCAAGUCAUGAAGUUCAUUGGAUGGAAUGGUUGGCAAGAGAGCCUCCGAGGAGAUCAAGUCCAAUCCAAGAAAUGUUAUAUCAGCACUGUGACAAACAAACCAAGCUUCCUAGAGGUACAGUGUGUAGAGAUGCCCGACGUCCCUGUACUUGAGGAUGUGGGUUUGCCCGCCGAGCAGAGAUCAACCGAAGAGCUCGUGCGGAUGCCUAUUACCGAAGAUGGUGGGCGGUACUUUCUUGUUGGCAGUUCCUUAGACGAGGCCGAGCGUAUAGAGAUGUUACAAUUCCAUAAAAAGAACAUCAAAGUGUUUGCUUGGACUCCUCAGGAAAUGCCAGGUGUAGACCCCUCGUUCGCUUCUCACUCCCUUAACGUUGAUUCAAAUAGAAAACCAGUGGUACAAAAGGUCCGACGCUCGGCGGCAGUGCACGUUGAGGUAGUGAGGACAGAAGUAGAUCAACUGUUGAAGGCUGGGGCAAUUCGGGAGAUUUUAUACCCAACUUGGCUCGCUAACCCUGUUGUCGUACCAAAAAAGAAUGGAAAGUUGAGAGUUUGGGUUGACUAUACAAACCUCAAUGAUGCUUGUCCGAUGGAUCGCUUCCCACUUCCUGGGAUAGAACAGAUGGUUGACGCUAUCGCGGGAUACGAGUGA